ACCCCAGGGUUUGGGGUUUUACCACCCCAGGGUUUGGGGUUUUGGCACCCCAGGGUUUGGUGCUUUGGCACCCCAGGGUUUGGGGUUUUGGCACCCCGGCUCAGUUCCCGAUACGCACCAUGAGCACCCCGUGUUUGCAGCGCGGGUUUGCCCUCGCCCCGGGUUUCAUUGCUGCGGUGUCUCCGGGGCAGGCGGAGCUGCCGAGGCUGUGCCGGAGCGCUCCCGUCCGCCGCGGGCGAUCCCAGUCGCGGUGCCGGCGGUGGAUGAGGAGUUUAUCCCGCCUCGGGGCAGGAACCAGCAUCCAUCCCCGGGCAGCCAGGCUGGGAGCAGCUCCCUGGGGAGGGAUCCGGGCUGGGGACACCGCGGGGCGGCUUCGGCCGACACUUCCCGAGGGUGCAGAGCUGAACUGUGGAAGUUGUUGCUGUAGGAGGUGAUGGAUGCUAAAAGGUUGCUGGGCCAGAGGGGAAGCAGGACAAUUUCAUGAUUCAGAAAUCAUUGAAACCAUCUUAAGAGGUAAUUCUGGACCAUAGGCUGCAGGAAUGACAAAGAGAUGUUGGGAACAUUUCGCUGCCUUGUUCUUACACCCAUCCUAAGACAAAGUUUGGUCCCCUGUGAGGUGAAGCAAGUUGGGCUGCAGGGAUGUUAUCCAGGCCCACCCUCACACUGCACUCAGAAGGAUGCCCUGGAGAUGUGGAUUCACCUGAGGGUCCUGUGGAAGCAGAUCCUGGUCACAGGAGAAGUGGUGAUAUUUAAAUACAGCAACUUUUCAUCAGGAAAUAUUUCUAUAACUCUCUUUUCCCCACAAGUUUUGCCUUUGUGUUCCCUCAGCUACACCAGUGAGCUUUGAAGUGCUGGAGUUUCUGCAGGGCAUCAUUCCCACCUACCUGUGACACCACUUUGUAAAGUCUGGGAGCUGAGCUGUGGACACAAACAUGUGGAUUUCCUCAACAGAAAAAUCCCCAAUGAAGGAGCUGGGAGCAUCACCUCCCAUCUGGGCACAGAGGGCACAGACUGUGGGGUCAGGGCUGCACCUGAGACACCUCAGUGCGAUGAUCCUCCAGCCCAAGUCAUUCUGUGAUUGCACAGUUCUGCUCCCUGUGGAGCUGCUGGCAGCCCUGCUUGGCCAUUCAGGUUGGAGGAUGGAGCUGCCCGCUGUGGCACUAAAAAACCCCCAAAAUUCAGAGUGUGAAACAGCACCAGGACAACCCAGGGCACGGCACAGACUGAGCAGUGGGGCUGGGCAAGCAGCCCCAGCUGCUCUGGGGGUGGCAAAGAUGGUGAUGAGAACAGAGAGCCACAGAAUGGUUUAGAUUGGAAAGGACCUCAAAGAUCAUUUAGUUCCAGCCCCCACAUUAUGUGGACUUGGCAUGCUGUUCAGUGGGAUUUAGCCCAGCUGCUUUCAUUUUUUGAUUUCAGUUGUUUUCUUUCCCUCUCUCUGCUCUCAGUACAUUUCUAUUUUUUUUUUUCCUGGUCUCAUGCUUCAUCUGAUGAUGCAUUUUCAUUCACAGGAGGGCUUUUAAUUGCUGUGAAGGACUUCAGUCAAUGCUUCACAUUUAUCUCACCCUCAGGAUUUCAGACACUUCUAAUGGGCUGCUAACCCAGGACACAGCCACAGCAGGGUGUGUGGAUUUUUCCUGGAGAAAAUGAAGCAUAAAUAUUAUUUCCAUCCUCCCUUUCCCACACCUACAAACCAUCAUUGAUGUAAUUGUGCUUCUGCCCUUUUUGAUUUUCAGGUUUUAGCAGCGGGAAGAUGCUGACGGACAGGAACGGAUCCCGGCUCUCCAAUUUCUCCUCUGCUGCCUCCUCCUUGGCACGGGGAGGGGUUGGGCUCCAGGAGGUGCUGGUGGGGCUGGUCCUCACCCUCAUCGACGUGGUGACGCUGCUGGGGAACACCGUGGUGUUCCUGUGCCCCGUGGUGGAGAAGCGGCUGCGCACGGUCACCUACAUGUUCAUCAUGUCCCUGGCCACGGCUGACUUCCUGGUGGCCUGCCUGGUGAUGCCCUUCAGCAUCAUUUAUGAGGUGACAGGGAUGUGGCUCUUCGGGAAGCUGUUCUGCAAAGUCUGGAUCUCCUUCGACGUCAUGUUCUGCACCGCAUCCAUUGUCACGCUGUGCUUCAUCAGCCUGGACAGGUACUGCUCCGUGGUCACCCCCUGCCACUACUCCAGGAGGAUGUCCCGGGGCAGAUGCAUCGUGAUGACCUGCAUGGUCUGGGUGUAUUCCUCCCUCAUUUCCUUCCUUCCCGUCAUGCAAGGCUGGAAUGAGAUCCCCGGGGUGGACUUUGAUGCGGGCAGGGAAUGCAUCUUUGUCACCAACUGGGUUUUUGCCAUCGUGGCUUCUGCCCUGGCCUUCUUCCUCCCCUUCAUGGUCAUGUGCAGCAUGUACUUCUUCAUCUACCGAGCCUCCCGCCUCAAGGCCACCCGCAUCAUGUCCCAGACGCUGGAGAUCCACUACCACCCCAACAGCAAGAGGCAGAACCACCUGCAGCUGGAGAACAAGGCCACGAGGACCAUCAGCAUCAUCAUCUCCGUGUUUGUGCUGUGCUGGCUGCCCUACUUCGUGCUGAACGUGUGGCUGGCGGCCAGGGGCAGCGCCUCCACCAGCUCCGUGCUGCUCGGCACCUUCAAGAUCAUCACCUGGCUGGGCUACUGCAACUCCACCAUCAACCCCCUGCUCUACGCCUUCCUCAACAGGGACUUCCAGCACGCCCUCAAGAAGCUGCUCCUGUGCAGGCGCAGGUCUCAGGUGGAUGUUGGGGAAGACAUGGUUUCCAUAGCCACCUUCUCCAAGACCGCUCCGGAGCUGGAAUACAGCGCGGCGGUGCCCAACGGUGCCCCCAGGGGCAAACCCAAGUCAUAGGAGGAGCAGUCGCUGGAGGUGGUGACACAGAAAGUGCUGGAGCAUGUCCCAGUGGAAAAACAAAGGGUAGGAAAAGAGGGGAAGCAGGGGCUGGAAUAUUACAAUACAACAAAGAUGUAUUUCUUCACCUUCCACAUGAAGAACUCAGAUAUUUUAGAGGCAAUUUGUUAUAUAUUAAUGGAACUGAUUAAUUCCUGGAUAAUUAUUUUUCUAAUGAGCAUUUUCUAAGACAAAUUUCAACCUUCAUGUUGGGUAAAAAGAACAAACUAGCAUGGUGUAACAUGACCUUACAUUUGUGCACAUCCUGGUGAUCUGUGUCAGGUGGGACAGUGUUUCUUGUCAAGCCACUGUAGCUUUUCAUCUUGAAGUUUCAUUACAGACUUGACCAGUUUUAAUAACUCCACCUGUGCCAGUGUGUGUAUGGGAAUUAGAGGAGGGAUGUGCUCACAUCCACUCUGCAGCCUGGGCUGUUGCUUAAGGUUCAGCUCACUGGCUUCUGCAACAUUUGGAUAUUCAGAACUUUCCAUGGCCUUCUGUGAAUUAUCUGUAGGUUUCCUUGUUAAUUCUGGAAGGGGACAUUCCCUGUGGCAGACCCCAGGAGAUGACAGAGACUUGCUGUAACAGGAGGAGCACUGCAGUUUCAAAGCUACAGUGGCUGAAGAUGGGAUGUGAACAGGAAUUAUUGUGUGUAUACUGUGGUAUCUACCAUAGAGACAUAAAAAAAAGAUAAAUGGAAAUAAUUAUUAUUACGACUGCCAAGUGCUCAUCUGGACUUCCAACAGCACUGGCUCCCUGCAGGAAAGCCACAAGUGCCUCACUGAAGGGUUACUCUGAAAAGCUAUCAGGGGAAUGUCCUCGGAGGUAUCAAAAUGCAGUAGGACCUGCCUGGAGCAGCUGAGUUACUGAAGAUGCCAGCACAAGGGUCAGGAAUUCUGUCUCAAGAGCCUGGUGGAAAAAACAUCCCUGACCUGGGGUUCAACAGUGGUUCUCCUGUGAAAUGGCUCUCCAUGGAGAGGGUGAGGUGUUCCAGACUCCAGCAACAACAUGGAAAUGAUCUCUCACUCACCCAGCAAGCUGACAUUUACAAGCUUCAAAAAAACCCAAGAAACCCCCCAAAAAAAGGAUAAUGGAGCACAACAU